AUGAAAACUGAAUCAAUUACUGAAACAUUAGCUCAAACACCACGAUCUGGAUCACGUUUAAAAAUAGCAUUUAUACUAUUCGGUAUUCUUUUCGAUAAUAAUAAUUUAUGUUUGAGUACAUAUUGUGUUAAAAGCAGGUCAUGUAUUGAUGAAUCAAAGAUUGAAAUAGAAGAAAUUGAUUCUGUCUUAUCAUUAAUCAAUAAUAAACUUGAUGGUUGCCCUAUAUUACAAGGUUCAACAUGGAAUAGUUCAACAUUUAGUUUAACAAAUCUAUUACUUAAACUUCAUCAAGACAAUUAUAAUAUUAUCUUUAGUCAAGGUGCUCGUGGAUUAUCACAGCGUCAAUAUUAUUAUUAUUGGACUUCUGAUGGACAACGAGCUCGAGACAAUGAAAUGUUUCGAACAACAAUUUAUGAUAUUUCUCAUACAUUAAAUCUAGUAUAA